AUGUCGUUGUAAUUUAACCCUUAUGCUGCUUAGAUAUUAGAAGCUUUUUAAAGAGUUGGAUUAAAUAAAGGUUAAGCUUACUAACCUGAUUAAAUAUUUUAAGCUUUAGAUCAAUUAGUAUUAUAAAAUUAAAGAAUAAUCAAUAUAGACAGGUUCAGCAUAUGAUAGAGAUGUAGCCACUUAAAUAUAUGAAUAAUGUACUCCAAAUUAAAGAGGAUAAGUUUAAAUUGAAGAAUUUUCACAGGUUUUGAUAUCUGCUGAUGCUUUGUUGAAGAAAAAGAUUUAGGAUAGUGAAAGAUAAAUUUAGUAAAUUGUUGAUGAUUCAAAAGAUUGUCAAAGAAAUAUUUAGGAAAUUUAAUGUAUUAAUUUAAUGUAUUCGAGAUACUCAAUAAUAAAAUCAAAAUGGUAUAGACACUGAUUCAUAAUUACAUUUAAUAAUAAAAUCGGCAUCAGGAAUAACUUAAGAUUUUAUAUAGAGUUAAGUAUCAAUAUCAGUUGAUAAUAAUGAAUAAAUUGCAUAAUAAAGUGGAAGAGAUAAAUCUCAAGCAAUAUUUAAUCAUUAAUUAGGAUUGUAAAAUUAAAUUUUAUUUGUAUUAUAUUUUUAGUCAAAUUAAAACAGGAAAGGAGAAUGUUACUUUGAGUUUAUUUAUUUAUGAUCAAAACCAAAAGAAAUCAUUAGUUGGCUAAGCUAAAAUAGAUUUAUCUUAAUUAUAAGAUUAAUAAUAACAUUCUCUCUAACUUUAGUUACAAAAUGAUAGGUAAUAAUUUACUACUCCAACUAUUUAAUUUGAUGUACAUUGGAUUUAUAAUAAAGUAAUUGGCAAAUGGUUAUUUAGUUAAAAUAUUACAAAGAAAUGAUUUAGAAAUAUGAAAUGGAUAUUUAUCAACAUAAUAAUGACAUAGAAGAUUAUAAAAGAGAUUUGUUUAUAGUUUAAUAACCUUUUAUGGAUAACAAUUAGAGAUAGAAUCUUUAAUCAUCAUUAAAACCAUAAACAUCUUCAAAGCUUUAAACAAAUUCAGCACUUUUUUAUUAAUAAUAAUAAAAUUAGCCAUCAAUAUAUAAACCAACUCCACCAUAAUAAUCAUUUAGAUAGAAUUAAAUUGAUAUUCCUCAAUAAAAUUAGGCAGAAGCUACAGAAGAACUUAGUGAUGAAAUAUAUUAUGGAUUCAUUUUGUAUCUUUUGAUGAUAGUUUUAUCGUUAUUUUAAUGUUUUGCAAGACCAGCCUAUGUGGAUGUAACAUUCAGAAUAUAAACUUAUAGAUUAUAUUAGGGAUUUUGUAUUUGUUAAUAAUCUUCAGAGAUUGUUUCACUCCAGAGUAUUUAAAAUUUGUAGGUGCUAUCACUGUUUUUACAAUAGUUUUAGAUAUUUUUUGGAUAUCUAUUUAUAAAGUAAUUAUUAAUAAAUUAUAUUAGAAUUGGUGGAAUGGUACAGAUAAAACACUUCCUACUUGGGGAGAAGCAGGAGAUCCUAUAGUUAGAAUAACAAUUGUAUUUUGCAUAUUUAAUAUGAUUGUCAAAGUAAAAGAAAUUUUAUAUAUAGACUGCUUUAUGUUACAUUAUAUUUCAUUAUUAUAAAGCAGCUUAAUCUAAUUAGGUCUUAAAAUUUAAAGCAUGGGAGUUUGAAUUCUAAAUUGGAAUUUUGAAAUAAAAUCUCUUUACUUCAGACAAGAGACUCUUAUCUUGA